GUGAAUAAAUGCGUUCAGCUGGACUAUCACAAAAGCUAUUUACAUGAAUUUCCUCUGCAUGCACUCAGCCCCCUUUCAGCUGCAGCUGCAGAGAGCCAGCACGCCCUUCAGUGUGCGCUCACUCAACGCUUCGUGCGUCCCGCGCCUAUACUCCCUGCAUUCAUCGGGGGAGUUUCAUUUACAAUUUUUAAGAAUCCUUAACAAAGUAUACAACCCCGGGACUGUCAGUUCACGCCGCGUGGUUUUAUGGUUGCGUGGAAACAAAGAGGCUUCGUUCAGUGGAGGGAGCCUGGGAGUGCAGGAGCGUUUAGCACGUCAUGGUAGCCAGAGCGGCUCUCGGCGCAAGUUUAAAGGGCAGCGGGGAGGACUUGUUGGAACCGGACCAAUACACGGCACUGAUCGGUCCUUGCGUUGAUCUGCAGCGGGACGUUCCACUUAUUCAGAAACGCACCAUGGAGAGGAGAGCAGAAACGGGAAUAACGACGUUCGACAGCAACUGGGGAGGCUGAUGUGGAUUUCAACCCUGAACUCCUGCUGUCUUCCCUGGAGCAUGCUCGUAUUCCACAAUGCCCCUAGCUGCAGUCUGGCUGCUGCGUUACUCGGUGGUCAUGUGUUUGCUGUUGCACAGUUUGGUCUUGAUGACCACUUGCUUCCAUCACGCUGCCACUGCUUGUUCCAAGAAUUGCUACUGCUCUGAGACAGAGAGUGAAGGCAAGACAAUGCGUUGCAGCAACCUGCAGCUCACAGAGAUCCCAGAGGACAUCCCCAAUGACACGCGACGUGUCUACCUUGACUUUAAUCUGAUAACUGCAGUUCCAACAAAUGCUUUUGCCAGUUUGACCCAUUUAUUUGAACUGGACCUAUCACACAAUGAGAUAGGCCAGCUGGAACCUGGUGCCUUCAGAGGGCUUGGCUCCUCUCUACAGUUCCUAGAUCUGUCUUCAAACAAGUUGGUGAAUUUUAACCCGGACGCCUUUGAGGGCCUUCGAGCUCGUGCCAACCUAACAAACAACCCAUGGCUUUGUGACUGCAAUCUGCAGAUGGCUCUGCCCCGUGUGGAUCUGGAGCCGGCCUCACUGACAGGCAUUGUGUGCCAGACUUCUGAUCCAGAGGAAAUAGGAGUUCAAGGACUCGCCUUCCUUUUGGAACCAGAUAUAGACUUGUGUGUGGUGAUGAAAAGGACUACAGACGUAGCCAUGCUGGUUGUAAUGUUUGGCUGGUUCACCAUGGUUAUUUCCUACCUGGUCUACUAUGUCAGGGCAAAUCAGGAGGAUGCCCGCAGACACUUGGAGUAUCUCAAAUCGUUGCCUAGCAGGCAGGGCAAAUCAGAGGAGUCCUCCACCAUUAGCACCGUGGUGUAGAGUUGAUUGAACCACAAAUGCUAUAUAGCAACAAGCAUGUUUGGCAUGUAUCUAGACAGUGAUCGUGAGUCUCAAGUUUUGCCCUGCUGUUAAAAGAUAAUAAAACAUUUGCCUACAAAGAAAACCGAGAUGGAUGUAAUGUAGUCCAGAUUAAUAAUUCAUCUUUCAAGAGGCCAUUAGAACGUUUUGAUAGCUGAGUUGAUGGCCUUGCCUGUGUGCUAAGGAAAUAAAAAGCAGUGGCAUUUUUUGUGAACUCCA